AUGUCUUCCUACGGCGGCGGUUACUCUGGCGGUGGCGGUGGUUAUUCCAACAACUACGACCGCAACGGCGGUUACUCCAACGGUUAUUCCGGCUCUAAUGGCUAUUCCGGCGGCGGUGGUGGCUAUGGCAGCCACGGCAGCCGCAGUUACGGCGGUGGUGGUUACGGUGGUGGUUAUGGCGGUGGUGAUCGCGGUGGUGAUCGCAUGGCCGGCCUUGGCUCCGGUUUGCAGAAGCCGAACUGGGAUCUUGCGACUCUCCCUAAGUUUGAGAAGUCUUUCUACAAGGAGCACCCGAACGUCACUGCCCGUUCCAUGGCCGAGGUCGAGAAGUUCCGUCGCGAUCACAACAUCACUGUCUCUGGCCGCGACGUGCCAAAGCCCGUUGAAACCUUCGAUGAGGCGGGUUUCCCCCGAUAUGUGAUGGAUGAGGUUAAGGCUCAGGGCUUUCCCGCCCCCACGGCUAUUCAGGCGCAGGGUUGGCCCAUGGCUCUCUCUGGUCGCGACGUUGUCGGUAUUGCCGAGACUGGUUCGGGAAAGACUUUGACCUACUGCCUCCCCGCUAUUGUGCACAUCAACGCCCAGCCUCUCCUUGCGCCCGGAGACGGGCCAAUCGUCCUGGUUCUCGCUCCCACGCGUGAACUGGCGGUUCAGAUCCAGCAGGAGAUUAACAAGUUUGGCAAGUCCUCCAGGAUUCGCAACACCUGCAUCUACGGCGGUGUUCCCAAGGGCCCCCAGAUUCGCGAUCUACAGCGCGGCGUUGAGGUGUGCAUUGCCACGCCUGGCCGUCUGAUCGAUAUGCUCGAGUCUGGCAAGACCAACCUUCGCCGUGUUACUUACCUGGUCCUCGACGAGGCUGAUCGCAUGCUUGACAUGGGUUUCGAGCCUCAGAUUCGCAAAAUCAUCAGCCAGAUUCGUCCCGACCGUCAGACCUUGAUGUGGUCUGCUACGUGGCCCAAGGAGGUCCGCAACCUUGCCGCUGACUUCCUCACGGACUUCAUUCAGGUUAACAUUGGCUCUUUGGAUUUGGCUGCCAAUCACCGCAUUACCCAAAUUGUGGAGGUCAUCUCUGAGAGCGAGAAGCGCGACCGUCUGAUCAAGCAUCUCGAAAAGAUCAUGGACAGCAGGGAUACCCAGAACAAGUGCCUGAUCUUCGUUGGCACCAAGCGUGUUGCCGACGACAUCACCCGUUUCCUGCGCCAAGACGGCUGGCCUGCGCUUUCCAUCCACGGCGAUAAGCAGCAGAAUGAGCGUGACUGGGUCCUCGACCAGUUCAAGACGGGCAAGAGCCCCAUCAUGGUUGCCACCGACGUCGCUUCGCGUGGUAUCGGGUACAAGCGUGGAGUAGGCAUCGACUUGACUUUGAUCAAGCUUGUGUCUCCCAAGAUCCCCAAGGCCCAAGGACCUGGAGCUUUGGACCUCCCCGGCAUUUACCGCAACGGACAGCCCAUCUGCCAAGGAGGAGAGUACAGCCGAGCAGGAUCACGAAACAUACUUAAGACAUCCCAUGUGCGCAACAUUACUCAUGUGAUCAACUAUGACUAUCCCAAUAACUCGGAGGACUACAUCCACCGUAUUGGUAGAACUGGCCGUGCUGGUGCUAAGGGCACAGCCAUCACUUUUUUUACCACUGAGAACGCCAAGCAGGCCCGUGAUCUGGUAAGUGUGCUGCAGGAGGCCAAGCAGCACGUUGAUCCACGGCUCCUUGAGAUGGCCCGGUACAGUGGCGGUGGUGGAAGCAGCCGCUAUGGUGGCUACCGUGGCCGCGGCGGUGGAGGAUACCGCGGCGGCCAUCGUUCCGCCGCUCAUAGUGGCGCUAAUGCCGUCCCUGUCGCCAAUCGCCGUUGGUAA